AUGACUGCACAGAAAACUCUUGUUUUGUUUUCGUAUUUACUGCUGGUAUAUCUACCAAAUCAAUUGAUUUCGGUUGAUCCUUGUGUUUUUGAUUUGCAUGCAAAAGGUAUAAUCGAUUUAACCGGUGUUGGUCGUGUGGAUGGAACCCCUGCCUGGAAAAAUGUGAAACCUGUUAAGGAUGAUCAACAUUUAUACUCUUACAAUCCAUGCCGUCCGUUCACUCAAAGCGAAUGCAUAAAUGUAGCUGCCUGUCAAACAUAUGCCACCGAUGAAAAAUUAGCCUAUUCGUUGGGCACACAAAAUAGUUUACAAUGGACAGUCGCACCGGGCAAAGAUUUACCGACUCUACAUUAUACAACGGGAGAAAGAACAUUGGUGGUUAGUCUACAUUGCUUGAGCGCAGGAGGGAAGAACAAGUUAGUUGUGCAUGGAUUAAAUCCGACCACAAAACUUUAUGAAAUGACAUUAUCGUCAAAAUGUGCAUGUUGGGAUGGCUGUAAAGGUGGUCACAGUGGAAAUUCGAGCAAUGGAUUGAGUGGUGGAACAAUAUUUAUCAUUAUAUUAUUAGUGGCUGCUGUUAUUUAUUUCAUAGCAUUCAUUUCUUUCAAUAAGUUCAAACGGCAAGCAAGUGGCGUGGAUAUUCUUCCACAUCGUACCUUUUGGGUCUCGUUACCUGGCUAUUCUCUAGGUGGAGUCAAAUUUAUCGUUCAUAAAAUAACUGGCAAGGAGACAAAUUAUACUCCCGUCCCAUAG